CGAAUUUUCAAGAAAAAUUCAUCCUUACAAAUCUUUCCUGUGCUACAUGAAUCUUUGCGCCGCUUGACAAAUAUGGGUGUGCUUUGGAGUCAGAUGUUCCCCCCUGCACCAACGCUGACCGAGUCAAAUCUGCCUCCCCAGGCAGGAAGAGUGUUUAUUGUGACGGGAGGAUAUUCAGGAAUUGGUCUGGAGCUAGUAAAGAUGCUUUACCGUGCUGGAGGCACAGUAUACAUCGCCGGAAGGUCUUCUGACAAAGCCUCACAUGUCAUCGAAGCGAUCGAACCAGACCCUGUCAAACGCGGUCAAAGACUCGAGUUCAUAGAGCUGGACCUGAGCGAUCUGGAAACGAUUAGGCCAUUCGUCGAAACAUUCAAAGCGAAGCAGCAGAGGCUGGACGUGCUGUGGAACAACGCUGGCAUUUCGAGCUGCCCGCCUGAGCUGCGCACGAAACAGGGGCUGGAAAUGCAAAUGGGCACAAAUGCCGUCGGGCCGUACUUGCUUACCGUGCUGCUGCAGCCUUUGCUGGAGGCGACGGCAAAGAUCACGAAGGAAGCAUCAGUACGCGUCGUGUGGACGGCUUCGAUAUCCGUUGAAGCCCAGGCGCCCAAGAACGGGAUGGACCUGGAGUGUCUCAAGACGCCGCCGCGCGAUCGAUUUCUGAACUACGCCAUGUCAAAGGUGGCGAAUGUGUAUCUUUGCGCCGAGAUGGCUAAGCAAGCAGCCGGUACGGGAACGCAGGUGCUUCAUGUCGUACAGAAUCCCGGCAACCUUGCAACGAACCUGGUGAGAUAUCUACCUUGGCUGAUGAAGACGCUGGCGAGGCCGCUUUUGUACGAUGCCAAAUUCGGCGCUUACACUUGUCUGUGGGGAGGCUUGAGUGAAGAUCUGACACUUUCAGAUCAGGGGGCUUACUUACUGCCGUGGGGAAGAAGGCAUCCUAAUCUUAGGCCGGAUAUUGUAAAUGCAUGCAAGACCAAAGAGGAGGGGGGAUCUGGUCAUGCGGCAGCAUUUACGUCGUGGUGUGGUGAGCAAGUGAGAGACUAUAAAUGACUCACACGGGCAUCUAGGAUUUGUAUCGUAAAUAACAUUUUAGAGCACUGGAUCCGGAUAUCUUGAGUGUCCGAGUUAAUUAGAGGGAUAUACAUAACCAAGCCUCAACUUUUUCUUUUCAGGACAUCUGCUGGAGGAAUGAGUGACCGCCAUGAUUCUAGAACAGGGCAAGAGGAAAGACAACAGAGUUUGCGAGGAGACGAGAGAAAUUGGAAAUUUGAUGCAGUGAUUCAAGGGAAUGUAAC